UAGCGUGCUUUAAAUUGCGAAGUUUGUGGAACUGGUUGAGGAAUCGUCUUGUUAGUGCGACGAGAAGAUGUCCCAUGGUCUAUAAAGACCGAAAUUAUUUAGUUCACCUGUCUAAUGCUAAAAGCUGCACAACCAAGCAGGUACCUGCUGAAGUAAAAACAACGCACAUGUAUAGAGGUUUCUCGAUGGGCAGCCAAGACAAGGACGAUCAGUUGACCAGAAGCAUGUCCACUGCAGAUAAGACCAAACUGUGCAUGGCUUGUUCGAAAUGGGUUCCGGAAGAAAUGAAGUCAUGCCAUUGUGGUCACGUGUUCAAACAAUUAAAAUCAAUUAACGGAAAAAGAUUUACAGAGGGAAGGCUAUAUCAAGAAGGCGACAACGGUUUGUGUGAAGCGAAGAAAAAACUACGUGGAUCGACUAGCGUAUUCUUCCGAGAAAAGAUAACCUAUAUGCCAGGAUACUCUUAUGAAGAAAUCGAAGAAAUACCUGAAAAAAGAGAAAGAAAGCGAAGAAGAGGGAAACAAAUGCAUUUGAUAAACAGCACGAUAACGAAUCAGUCGAACUUACCUAGUAUCAAACUUCAGGCUAUGCAGGUGCCAUCAAAUGGCAUGUGCCGGAAGGAGUUGAGCUGUCGCGCCCAUGAUCCACCGCUUAUUCAGGUGUUACAAGAAAUAAACAACAAAAUAACAAAUCAAAGAAGAUUAUGGAUAAACCUCAGUCCGUAAAGGAAAGCUUAUAGUUGGGUGAGGAAAUUAUCAAUAAAGUUGGUUAAUCAGCUGAAUUUGGCUGAGUACCAUGUUUCACGGGAAUAUUUCUGGGCAUGAAAGCGUUUCUUUUGCUUGACAUUGAUACUAAAGGCGCUUGGAUUGAUAAAAGUGGACAAGUCCCUUUGUUUGAUAUAUCUGCAAAAUAGAAGCAACUUCUGAAGUUGCUUCUUCUUGUUCUUGAGGCAGUGCUUCAUCGUAAUAACAGAAGAACUAACUGGCUUUUCUAAGCAACAACUUAAUAGUUAAGGUUUUCUACGCCACUACAGACAGGCACCUAAUCUAGUAGCUACGACUGAUAACUUUUGUAAACAAUACUAGGCUCUCAGUCAAGCAAUUUAUUCAUAAGAUGCUUAAGUUGACAAGUUAUAGUGACGGUUACUUUCAAUGGUUGCAAAAUUGCUUUGGCCUACCAAAUAUAGCCAUGGCAUAAAAUCAUUUUUCACUUUCUUCUCGAGUCCUGAUAUAGUUUGUUUAAUUGUCCUUGUUGUAUAUUCAUUUGCAUGAACUACCCGUCGGUGUAUAGAACUUGACGGUUAUGCAUCACUUCUCUGUCUGCUGAUAACGUAAAGGCACACUUUAAUGACAGUUGUUUCAUUUUCCUCCCAGCUCUGCUCCCUCCCCCCCCCCCAAUAUUACUUUUCUAGUAAAAAAUUGGUAAAUGUCAAAAUGUCACAUGGUUGACCUAAUAAUAAAAUUUGAUAAAGGUCUGCUUUGUAAUCAUUUCUAUGGCAAUAUAGAUAAACAGUAACAGGAAAAUCUUUCUCAAGAGUUGAAACAAGCAGCUAAGUUCUAAUUUGUGUAACCUGCUGGUUACUGCUUAAUACGAUUUUCACUUGAAUAGAUUGUCUAAACUGAAAAAAUAAGAAACUACAUUCACAAACGUAUUUAUUCAAAUUCCACUGAGAUUCCAAUUCAAAAUGCCUCCAUCUACAGAACAAAACUUGAAUUGAAUAAAGCUUCUAGUCUUUUCAAUCCAGCUUUAUGAGGGUCCCAGAUUAACACACCCCAUAUUUUUGGCAAAAACAGUAAUUCCAAGGCUCAAAAAAGUUCAGUUUUGCAAAGUACCGACUAACUAACAAAGUUAACACUAAUAUUAAAGUUAAUAACAUUAAACAAAACUGAUCGCGAAAAUGUUAACGAGUGCGGAUAUUCAAAACUAAUUUUGCUGUGGCACUAUUAUUUAAUUUACCUUUUUAAUCUUUGUUAAUGAUCUGAGCUUUUAGUGAGGUCGUGCAGCGUUCAAUUCUAGGUCAACCGGGAAAAAAUGGUAGAAAAGCGAAUUUUCCACCAUCCAGUGCAGAAUUAUUUUCUCUAUAACAUACUCAAAAUCGCCCAAAAUCGACCGUGGGGAAAAGUUUUAUUGAGGUUUAUAUGAUACACGAGGCCACAUUCGAUAAUCAAGUAAUUGUAGCACAACUGAGGGCAUCUGUUCAGAAAAGCAAGAAAUCUAUUUUUUCUCCAAAUUGUAGAUUUGCGUAAGGAAGAAUUCUCGUAUUCAAGGCCUGAAAAUAAAUAAGAGUGCUAAAAAAGGAAGUAGUCAGUUUUUCUGAUUUCUCUAAAAACAUGUGCGGGAAUUAUAUAACCGACAGGCAGUUUUUGAAUACCAAAAUACGAUAUUCGUUAACGCACCAUAAGCAAGGGAUAUUUAUCAUUAUUUUAGGAUACAUAAAGUUAUUCAAUGCCUUAGCAAUUUAUUUGAUAUUGUUCAUAUGGUCAAAAAGCUCAUGUUUUUAAAAGUUCAUGAAAAAUUUUUCCCCAAGUUUUAAUUCUUUACCUCAAAAGUGAUUUUCCUAAUGAAUGGUAGCCUAAAGAAUGUUAUUCAAAAUGUAGACGAUUGUAUGUUUGCAACGAGCCAAUGAAAGGCCGCACAAAGCGAGAGGGCAAACAGAGAAUCUACAAAAUCAAGUUCUUUCUGAAUUGAAACUGUUUUAAGGCAGUUGCACAUAAGGGAGAGCUUGUCGUGAAGCUAAAAAAAGACCUUGAAGUACCAACUCCAGUUGAAAACGCACAGAAGUGCAUUUUAACGCACAUUAGCUGCCUUGGACGCAAUCGGUGUUUAAUUUCGUUUGAGGAUUACUUUUCAUGUCUAAGGAAAAGUUUUCCUUUUAAGGAUCUACAAAAAUUUUCCUUCCUAAUGUACAUUCAUCAAUACAGCUGCUAAAAUUUUGGCGUGGGUUAUCAGAUCUUCGAUUUUCUGUUUGGUUGAUUGCUAAAAUCUAAGAAUUUUUCUGCAUAUGUUUCAGUUUUAAGUGUUUUUUAAAUGACGCCCUAAUGGCUUGUGAACGUUUUGAUAAUCUGAUUAUUGUUGCAUGGUAUAAUUAAAAAAUCAAAAAUUGGGUGUGCUCUCAAGAUGUUGUGUGAUCAAACAAUGUCCUUUAAUUAAAGUAGUUAUGACUGUAAGAGUUUUGUGACUUUGUUGAAGGCAAGACUGCUAUGUCAAGGUCAAAAGAACUCUUGAUCAGCUGUAUCAAUGCACGUGCGUGAUUCUUCUCUCCCACUCAAUGUUUAUGAAUAGAUAGUGAACUGAGAAAUAAUGAGUGAAUGAUAACAAUAUUUAAUUAGAAAUUUCUACUUCAAACUUUUGUGGUCGAUUUUCAACAUUGUGCUGUAAUGCUGAUCAGUGACAGGAAAAUGCUACCCUGGUUACCAGUUUCACUUUAUAUAAAAAAAAGAGUCUGGUACAGUGCGCCUGAAAGAACUUUAGUCAAUUUAACAGA